AUGAGUAGCCUCAGCAGUAACCCCAUAUUGAAAGCAUCGGAUAUUUCGGAAGAAUUGAAAGAGGACGUGUUUGCCAUUAGUUCUGAGGCAGUGGAUAAGUUUGAAUUAGAGCGAGAUAUAGCAGGUUCUAUCAAGAAGCAAUUGGAUGUCAAGUACGGUAGCACAUGGCAUGUCAUUGUGGGCAAGAAUUUUGGAAGUUAUGUCACGCACGAGAAGGGCUACUUCAUGUACUUCUACAUUGGACCAUUAGCCUUUUUGGUGUUCAAGACCGCUUGA